AUGAGCCUUGUGAACGAGCCACCGACGACGCGGUAUUACGACUUUGCGGUUGAGGAGGCGAUGGGUGCGCCAGACGGGGUGGAGAAGCUGAUGCUCGUCGUGAACGGGAUGUAUCCGGGACCUACGAUCGAGGCCAACGUCGACGACAGGAUCGUCGUGAACGAACGGACAAACUACUACGACGGCACCGACGCCAUCACACAGUGGGAUCCCCCGGGCGAGUGGAUGGUCUACAACUUCACGUUGACAACUGGAUGGGAAGCACAUGGUGGCACGCCCUACACCGACGGCAUCACCGGCGCGCGUAAGUCCUCUUCCUCGUUCACGGCGGACCGUCGAUCAGUCCGCCGAUAUCUUAGUCUCGAUUCGACGGACGAACGUGCUGACGUGCCUGGUUCCGUUGGCAGUGGUGGUACACGGCCGGAACGAGUCCGUGCCUGCAUACGACGAGGACCUGGUCAUCCAGAUUUCCGACCUGUACCACGGUUCUCCCCGGAACUAUUGGAGUACUACUUCAUCCCUGGGGGUAUCGACGGCACGCCCGGUAAUGAGCCUGUGCCCGAUGGCGGUACCAUCAACGGCGUAGGCCAAUACGGCUCGCACAACACCUCGUUCUUCAACUUCACCCUCCAGCCGGACACGACAUACCGACUCCGCAUCAUCAACCCCGGUACCUUCGUUCCGCUCGCGUUCUCCGUCGACGGGCACACCCUGACCGUCAUCGAGGGCGACGGCACCCCCGUUGAGCCCGUCGAGGUCUCCAGCGUGUCCGUUGCGGUCGCACAGCGCUACUCCGUGCUCCUCAGGACGAACCAGACCGCGGGCGCGUACUGGAUGCGCGCGGCGCUCGACACCACCCAAUUCACGUACGACAACCCGGGAUGCCAGACCGAGAUCCGCGGCGUCAUCCGGUACGGGGUGGACGGCGACGCGAUGCCAGACGUGGCCCUCCUGGAUAACCCGCCUGCGCCCCGAGCGGCUCGCCUGGAGAGCUGGACGAACCGAUCUCGUGCCCGCUAA